AUGCAUUUGCUCGAGGGGUAUCGUGAUGUGAUCUUUCUCUUUGGUGAAAGACUUGUAUAUAAAGACAGUAUAGGAAGCCAUGAACGCGUGAAAAGCAAUUAUUGUUUAUGUCUUGCCAUUCAUGCUCCUCGAAAGGGCAUUGUUGAGAUUUGGCAGAUGAGAAUGGGGCCUAGGACUCUUACAAUCCCGUGCCCGAAAGGAAGCAAAAUACUGCAACCCACUUACAGAUUUGGAUCGUCAAUGCUUUCUGAAUCCUCUUAUAAACUGUUGGAAGUUUUCUUUUUGAAUGAAGAUUCUGGUGAACUUUCAAGAUAA